CCGACUGCCCUUCAAUGUCGGCUGCAAAAAAGCUUUAAUUUCUAAAAAAUAUCUAUAUAUUUUAUAUAUAUUGUAUGUAUUAAUAAAAUAGCCAGGAAAGGUGAAGAAUCCAGCAUUAUUUGGAGAAGUGGAGGACCUUUUCAGCUCUAAUUUAUAACAUUAGCUGAGGUAAUCAUGAACAUCCUAACCAAAGAAAACUUCAGCAUGAGCGGCGAGAUCCAUCGAGCGGGCCAAAGCGUUCUUGAAGGAUACGAAAGUCAGGCACUGAACCACAGCGACCCGUUGGACAUGUUCAUCGGCAUGGAGCUUUUGCUUCGUUUCAAGCCUCUCUUCAUGCCUCUUUACUGCCUCGUGGUUGUCAUAGCCAGCGUGGGGAACACUUUCCUGUUGACUUGCAUCCUGGUGGACAAAAAGCUCCACAAUGCUACUAACUUUUUCAUCGGUAAUUUGGCUGCUGGAGAUUUGCUGAUGUGUUUGAGCUGCGUGCCGCUGACCAUGUCGUACGCCUUCGACAGCCGGGGCUGGGCUUUCGGGAGUCCUCUGUGUCAUCUGGUGCCCCUAGUUCAAUGUGCCACUGUCUUUGCAUCAGUGCUUUCCCUCACUGCCAUCGCGGUGGACCGAUAUGUUGUCAUUGCUCACCCAGUGCGUAGGAGGAUCUCAUUGAGGGGCUGCGGUACAGUGACAGUGGCCGUGUGGCUUUUAUCGCUGGCCUUGGCUGCCCCUUCAUCGUUCUACACGCGUUACUUGGACCUACGGCCCACUGGGCUCAACCUGGUGGUUUGUGAAGAAUUCUGGCCAGAAGGCAGCAACCUGCGGCUGCUGUACUCCUGCUUCGUCCUCAUAGCCUCCUACAUGAUCCCACUGCUAUCCGUCAGCAUCUCAUACUGUGCCAUCAGCGUCAGCCUGAAGCGUAAUUUCGUGCCUGGGGAGCAGACGGGCAGUAAACGCCACUGGAAGCAAAAGCGGAAAAAGACCUUCUCUCUUUUGGUGGCCUCUGUUCUGGCAUUUGCUUUGUGUUGGCUUCCUUUGCAGGUGCUGAACCUGUUGCUGGACCUGGACCCAGACUGCGACAUCAUCGGAAAGCGCUACGUCAAUAUCCUACAAGUGUGCUGUCAUUUAGCAGCAAUGAGCUCAGCGUGCUACAACCCCUUCAUCUACGCUUCGCUGCACAGCAAGGUACGCAAACACCUGAAAGGUUACCUGUACCCUUGUAACAACCGAAGGAUGGUGCAAAGUUCCUUGUCUAAAACCUGAACCCAUUCAUCUGCAAUGUGAAGAAACCUUUUCCAGAAACCAACUUGGAACAAUUCAUGCCACCCCAUUUUUAUACCAGUUUGACUUAGAGAAGAAAAGGGGAAAAAAUCAGCGGUAUAUGAGGGUUAUUGGAGUGAAUGUGGACAUUAAACAAAAAGCACCCAAAGAAAAAUACUCUGCUGCCCAACCCAGACCUCGUGAUCAGAUGUCAUGAACUCUUGGAGAAAAGAUGCCUGACUUCACAAGAUCUAGCUGUGGAGCAAAUUCAGUGCACUUGGAUUAUGAUCACAUGCAUUUAAAAAAAAAACAAAAAAACAUUCCUUUUUGGUAUUCAUCACUGCAUUCACCUCUUUUAGAUAGUUAAGCCCUACGUGUGUGCUGGGCUCAUGGUAAAGACACUGGGCUCAUGCUAAAGUGUCGUUAUACAAACUUGUUCAUGUGAACUUUGUCCAGUGGUUGUCAAAUGUUUUACAGAAAAUACCACCUUAAAGAAUACUUGGCUCUCCAAGUAUCACGAUUCGCCAACAUUAGCUGAUAUUAAUUGCGCUAGAUGUCACAUUGUGAAAAUGAAUGUGUCGUCUAGUGCUGUCAUUAGCACUGAAACAUGCUUUCACUCUCAGUCCUUCUAGUUCAAAUGAAUUGGACAUCCAUUGCUGCCAAUGGCAGACAAUGUGUUAAAAUAUAUUAGUGUCGUUGGCGAAAAUGUUCGGAAAAGAUGACUGAGGUUAUAGUUACAGUAUUUUAUAAGCCACAGUUUGUGCAUUAUUGAAAAAAAGUAAUGAAACUGUAUGUUAAAUUGUGUUACACUUAAAGGUUGUUCCUAAAUAUUUUAAAAGAAAGUUCUUAAACAUUAAAUGUGAAUCUUUUGUAGUUUUAGUUGAAUACAACUGAAUUGUACUUGAUGAAUGUAUUCUAGUGGAUGAAAAAAGACUUUGAACAUUUAACACGGUCAAUCUUUUGCGUACCGCUAGAGGGAGCCCUCGUACCACGAAUGGUACUUGUACUACACUUUGAGAAUAAUUGUGUUAGUCAACGCUGCAUUACUACAACUUUCUUGACUUUACAGAUUAUUUCUUUCUGUUCACUGUAUUUAUUUGGAAGCUGAAAAUCCUGUGGAGGCGGGAUGUUUUGGAAAAAGUCCUUUUCAACCUAUUCAACGGAAGCGGUGAGAUAGGCCAUAGGUCACCCACAAUUGCUAUUAACUGGAAAAUGGCUGAAUAAGGGUAACCAUUAAUUUGUCAUAGUUAUGGUUAUUUCUAUCGUGCAUGAAAAACUGGUGAAACAAGCGAUGGCUUUAAUUAUAAAAUCUUACAUACGGUAAUUAGUGCUGUGCUUGUUUACAACACACCGGAUUUCAUUACAGUGUGACUUGAAUUCUAAUCAUGGUUUAGUGUCCUAAAAGGCACUUAAGGCACUCUAUCACAAAAGUCUACAACCCUAGUGUUUUCAAACAACAGAUUUUUGUCAUGUAAAAAAAUAUGUCCAUGAUAAAUGCUGUCAUUUCAAUCUGUAACCUGCACAACACAAUUGAGGAAAAACAUACAAAGUGGAACAUCAGAAUUUGAUCAGGGGAUAAUCAUCGAAUCAUUAAUCAUUGCCAAUGUUUGUCUACUGUGUCGAGACACGACCCCCUGCAUGGAGUUGUGCAUCAGCAGUAGCCAAUGUUGUCACCUCGCUAAAAAUCCACUUUAAUGCCUGUUGCCUGGCAGCUCUGAAAGUGAACCUUGAGACAGCAUUUAGCGCUCCUCAAAUUAGAUUUCGCCGUCAUUUUCUUUCAGGCACUCACUCUCCGCAUGAGUCCUUAGGAGUAUGAAAGAAGUGCUGCUGUAUAUUUAAUGCUUUUUUUCACAGCAGCAUCAUAUAGACAUACAAAAUGUCCACACAAUGUCAGACUUGGCUAUUGUUAUACAAAAGUGAAUUUAAAAAAAAAAUGUGGGAGGAAGCUAAAAUAAAUCACAGAAAAGGCAUAUGAGUAAAACAUGCAAAACAAAUCCUCACAGGAAGGCUGGAUGUGAGAUUUGAAUCCUGAACCCAUACUGUGAGGUAGUUGCAACAUGCUGCUUUAAUCUGGAUUUUUGAUUUAUUCCAUCCUUUAUAUAAAUAGUGUAAAUAGAAUAAUGUUUAUUCAACAGCAGCAUACAAGUCUGUAUAUUAAAACAACAUCAUGUUUUGUCGUGCUUUACUUUCGGAGCAAAUCAUUUGUACAAAUCUUCACAUGAUGAUGUAUCUCAUUGUAUAUGCUGUUACGCUUUUAGACUAAUAUUCGUAACACACGUAGACUAAUGAUUGAUAAUGAUUUGAAA